AGUGCACAUAUAUUAUUAUUACGCUUCAUUUGUAAAUGACUAAAUGGCAAUGAGCUCAAUUCAUACCUUGUACGCUUUUUCUUUCCGUUUGUGUUUCCCAAAUUCAUCUCCACAAUUUAAGCCUCUGAAUGCCAUUCCACUAAGAAGAACAAAACACUACAACAACAACAACAACAACGUUAAAUUUCCCAGAGAAAGAACAAGGACCAGAGCAACCCUUGAUGAUGCUGAAACAGACCAACUUUCCUCAAUCCCACUUGUUGAAAAUGAGAAAGCCAAAAAGGAUGUAGAGGAAAGUGUGAAAGUGUUAAAAGAUGCAGCUAAGACAAGAAAGGUAGCAGCAGAGGAGAUUCUUUCUGCAUUGUCUAUCAUUGAGAAAGCAAAAGUUGAUCCUUCUGCCUUUUUUGAAACCCUUGGUGGAAAGGAAUCCCCUGGGAGGACCUGGAUGCUAAUUUUUACUGCUGAGAAACAACUAAAAGGUGGUCGAUAUUUUCCUCUCACAGCUGUUCAGAGGUUUGAUGCUGCUGCAAAGAGGAUCGAAAAUGGAAUAUAUCUUGGACCCAUUGGACAGUUAACAUUUGAAGGCAGACUUUCAUGGAAAAAGAGAAUACUGGCUUUUGUUUUUGAGAACAUUCGAAUAAAAGUUGGACCUUUGCAACCUCUAGAGAUCAGUCUAGGAAAAAAGGAAGACAAAGAACCGAGUACCAAGGAUCCUUUCUUCAUCUGGUUUUAUGUUGAUGAGGAAAUAGCUGUUGCUCGAGGCAGGAGUGGAGGAACUGCAUUUUGGUGUCGGUGUCGUCGUGCCAAUAACUGAUUGUUUUUAACUUUCUUUCCUUCUCUACUUCUGAGUUUUGAUGGAAAGAUACAUGUAUAUAUGUAAACAUUUAAGUUCAGUUGGUGGUAAACAUAUUUGUACUUGUUUAUUGUAUAGUUACUUGUUUGCAUAAAUUCCAGGAACUAAAAUAUGUAAUUAGUUUGUGUUUCACGAUAAUCCUACUGUCGUGGAGGUCAUCCCGACUUUUCCUAUUUUAUCAUGGUCGUGAAACCCUUUCUUGUUAAA